GGGAGGGGUGGUGGAAUGGGUUUUCGAGGUGGGCAUGGGGGAGGAAGGGGUGGUUUUGAUGGAGGACGGGGUGGUGGUAGUAGUGGAAGAGGUGGUAGACAUGGUAGUAGGGCAAGAGAUGACCUAGAUAAUCUUGCUCUUCCAAAGCAAGAAUUUGGGAACUUGGUUCCUUUUGAGAAGAACUUUUAUGUUGAGAGUCCUUCAGUGAGGGCAAUGACCGAGCAAGAGGUUGCAGUUUAUCGUGCCAGACGGGAGAUGACUGUUGAUGGCCAUGAUGUUCCAAAGCCAAUAAGGAUGUUUCAUGAGGCAAACUUUCCUGAUUAUUGCCUUGAGGUGAUUGCUAGAUUAGGUUUUGUUGAGCCAACACCUAUUCAGUCUCAAGGUUGGCCCAUGGCCUUGAAAGGUAGAGAUCUUAUAGGCAUUGCUGAGACUGGUUCUGGGAAGACUUUGGCUUAUAUGUUGCCUGCUUUGGUACAUGUCAGUGCGCAGCCGCGAUUGGCACAAGGAGACGGUCCCAUUGUGCUAGUACUAGCACCUACAAGAGAAUUGGCUGUUCAGAUCCAAGAAGAAGCAAUGAAAUUUGGAUCCCGUAUAAGAAGUACUUGCAUCUAUGGUGGUGCCCCAAAAGGACCACAAAUCCGUGAUCUUAAAAGAGGAGUUGAAAUUGUUAUUGCCACUCCGGGUAGAUUGAUAGAUAUGCUGGAGGCUCAACAUACAAAUUUGAAAAGAGUAACUUACCUCGUACUAGAUGAGGCUGAUCGAAUGCUUGAUAUGGGAUUUGAGCCUCAAAUUAGGAAAAUUGUUUCACAGAUUAGACCAGAUAGACAAACUUUGUAUUGGAGUGCCACAUGGCCAAGGGAGGUAGAAGCUUUAGCAAGGCAGUUUUUGCGCAAUCCUUACAAGGUGAUCAUUGGUUCUGCAGAACUGAAAGCAAAUCAAUCUAUACGGCAGAUCAUUGAAAUAGUGACAGAUGUGGAGAAGUACACUAGGCUGAUUAGGCUGCUGAAAGAAGUGAUGGACGGAAGUCGUAUUCUUAUAUUUGUGGAGACAAAGAAAGGAUGUGAUCAAGUGACAAGACAAUUGAGAAUGGAUGGAUGGCCAGCCUUAUCCAUCCAUGGUGAUAAAAGCCAGGAUGAAAGGGACUGGGUCCUGGCUGAUUUUAAAAGUGGCAGAAAUCCUAUAAUGAUUGCCACUGAUGUUGCUGCACGUGGUCUUGAUGUUAAGGACAUAAAAUGUGUGGUUAACUAUGAUUUUCCAUCAAGCCUUGAGGAUUACGUUCAUAGGAUUGGCCGAACUGGUCGUGCAGGAGCUACAGGAACUGCUUUCACUUUUUUCACUCAUGCAAAUGCCAAGUUUGCCAGAGAUCUAAUCAAGAUAUUACGGGAUGCAGGCCAAAUCAUUCCUCCUGAUUUGUCUGCGAUGGCCAGGUCUACUGGUUCUACUAUGGGAGGAAACAACUUUCGCUCCAGAGGACGUGGGGGUUUUGGCAACAGAGGUAUCUCUGGAUCCAACACAAUACCUCUUGGUGCUAGGAAGCCAUGGUAGUUUCAUUCAUUGUGCAACAAGAAUGGGGGAUGCAUCAUCUUCAGAUGUACAGAUCUGUAUCAGUUAGAAAUAUAUGUUGCGUGUUGUGUUUUUCUUUCCUUCUGUUAGAUUCUUGUUUUCCUACAAAAUUUGGCUGAUAGUGGAAGACCCUUGCACUCUUUAUCCAAAAGCCAUAGAAAUACAAACAGAGAAUACUUCCCCAGUGUAGAAAUCUCUUUAGCAGCAACAUCUUAGCUGAAAUUUCUAGGACACUAUUUUUGUACUUGCAUGUAUGAUUUGGCAGCAACAUCAGUUAUAGAAUGGUGUAUUAUGAGUAAUGAAUUUUAUCCUGAUCAUCA